AGAUACAGAGUAACCUGUAAAUUAAAGCAGUAGGUAGGCGUUUUGUAGUAGGUAUAUAAUUUGUCAUUCGUUUAUGUCUCUGUCUAUUGGUUUAAAUCUAUUUUUAGCGGGUGACGCUAAACUUUUUUACCUACUUGGCUGGCUCCUUCCAUAAAUCCGUUCAUGUCGUAAACAUGUUGUCCACUAGGUGGCAUCAUUCUGGUUCCAUUUCUGAGUCAAGUUCGUCCAGUCUGUAAAGAAUUAUUGUUUUUGUUGGUUCAUUGUGGUGGGUGCAGGUGAAAUUACUCACAUUCUAUAAGAAUUAAGAAACCAAAGUUAAUAUUUACUUCACCAAUCACUGUACAGAACAUGCAAGACUGCAGUGCAGGAUCCUCUGAGGAGAAAAUAUUGCCAUUUGGAGAUUAUGAUGUUAUCCCGGGCACUACGGGAUUACCUAAAGGAGUCACUCUUACACAUAUAUCUUUCCUGAACUUGUCACAGAAUAUGAAACAUUAUGUGGAUGCAUCAACAGAAUCAAACGAUAUUGAAGUAAAGAAUUUCUUAGCUUUAAUACCUUGGUUCCACGCCUAUGGCUUCAUUACAACUUCGGGUGUGUUGUCAUUCCGUCUUGGUAAAGUGUUCCUGACCCGCUUUGAAGAUAAGUUGUUUUUGGAAACCGUACAAAAUUAUAAGGAUGCGCUGAUCUUGAGCAUCAAUGGUGCAUUAGGAGGAAUCGAGUUGACUUAUAUCACUGUCAACAACGACAUAGUGACAUUCACAAUGCGAGACAGCAAAACUAAGACUGCCAAAUCAUUGGUGAUUCGAGAUGAAAUAAUGAAUAUUUCUAAAAACAACCCAAAAAAUAUUGUUUCGGCAGCUAACACAACAGCCAAGUCUCAUAAUGAUGUACACCACGCCUCGUCAGCAUCACACCAGCAACAUCAAUCACUUUACACAAAUCCACAACCAAGCUCCCGUCACCCUCCAGUUUACAUUGAGCAUUGUAGUCCUGAGAAAAUCAAAAUUGAUACCCACCCAAAAUCUUCUAGCACACGUUCACUGCCAUCUACUGCUCUUUAUCAUUAUUAUAUUAUCAUAAUAUUAUUAUUAUCAACCACCAUUAUACACUGCAGCCAGAUUGGAGAUUGGUCACAGUCUGCACUUGGUGAAUCAAAUUCUCAGCCUCUAUUUCCUUCUCAAUGGGAAGGAAGGGCAAGUGAACUGUCAACCAGUGUCACUGCAUCCUCACAGCCAGGGUCAAUUUCAAAUGUACAGCAAACUAAUAUUCGUGCACCUCGUGGAAAGAGAGCAGUUACGAUAACCGGUAGCCCUAAUAUGUCGAAUGUUAAUCUUCCAUCCAAUGAUGGACGAGGUGGAACAAUAACAGUUACAAUAACUGGUAGCCCUAACAUGUCAAAUGUUCAUUUUCCAACCGAUGAUGGACCUGGUGGACCAAGAACAGUUACAAUAACCGGUAGCCCUAAUAUGUCAAAUGUUGAUUUUCAAUAUAAUGGUGGACCUGGUGGAUCAAGAACAGUUACAAUAACCGAUUGCCCUAAUAUGUCACUUGUUACUUUUCAAUACAAUGAUCAACCUGGUGUAUCAAUAACAGUUACAAUGACCACUUGCCAUAGUAUGUCAAACGUUAAAUUUAUUUUCAAUGCUGGGCCUGGUUCAACAAUAACAGCUACGUUAUUCAAUUGCCCUAAUAUGUCAAGAGUAACAUUUAUUUUCGAUGCUGCACCUGGUAAAACAGUAACAGCUACAUUAACCGAUCGCCCUAAUAUUUCAGACGAAACAUAUGUUUACAACUAAAUUUGUUACAAACAUGUCAUUUUUUUGACUAGCAGAAUGCCCUCAGUAUAUACAAAACAAAUGUAUAUAUUCGAAGCCGACUAAUCUAACGCGACCAGAGAUGGACGGCGGGUAAAUACCUGCGGUGGCAUCAUGGUUCCAUUUUUAUCACUUGUCACUAUGCCUGUCACUUUCGCGCUUACAUACUUGUUAGAACGUGACAGGCCUGGUGACAAAUGAUAAAGAGCCGACCAUCUUAGCCCUACUGGGGUAGAUAUCGGGUAUAUUUCGGUAAUUUACCCGUUAUUUACCUAUUCUACCCGAAUGAGUGGGUAUAAAUAAAAUGACGUAAAAAUAGUUUUCUUGGUAGUCAUGUAGUUCUUACAAAUGUAAUAUUUGUAUACUUACAAGUAAAAUUGGCUAAAGAAUUCGUCAAAUGUUUAAUAGAUGUCUAUAAAAUAUCGAUUCAUAGCACAUGGAAAUUAACAGGCGUAAAAAGUUACACAAUGAAAGCAAUUACAAUAACAAAA